AUGAUGGCCGUGCCGCAUCAGCCAAUCGUCGUGGACCGGGAGAAGACGUGUCCGCUGCUGCUACGAGUAUUUCACAAGCACGGGGGGCAUCACGAUUUGGAAGCAUUCGCAACGAGAGGGCAGGAGCCCAAGGAGGAGGUGCAGAUGUACACAUGGAAGGACGCUACCCUGAGAGAACUGACAGAUCUGUUGAAGGAGGUGGUGCCGGAGGCCCGUCGGAGGGAGGCUCGUUUAUCGUUUGCAUUUGUGUAUCCAAAUAGGCAGGGGAGGAACGUGAUGAAACAGGCUGGAAUCACCAACUCAAUGACGCGUAGACCAACACCGGAUGACAACAGGACUCUGCAGGAGCUGGGGUUCCAGACGGGUGAUUUCCUAGAUGUCGCUAUUUUCACCUGA